GAGCCCAUUGCGUGGCAGCAGCCAGGGCAACCGCAGCAACCAGAAUGUAGAGCCCGUUCUGCGCUCUCCAUGUUGAAACGGAGCAAGUUCUCCGGCUGACUCCAACCGUCCGUGCGUCCCCCACCACCCCAGCUGGUUCCACAUCGCCCUGCUAUGACACUUGAUUGGGAAUGGGUCUGUGAAACUGUAUGAGUGCUGCCUUAUCCAGAAAAACGGUGAGACGGGCGGCUCUAACAGAGGACUCUGGAUGCUGUUGCUCCUGAAAGGACAAGCAAGUUGUCAGGAUGAAGGAGGAGAAUUUGCUCCAACGGAGGCUUUCUCUUUGCCCUACCGCCACCUCUCCACCUAAAAUUGACCCCCGCACACUCACCCGGAACUUGUCUUAUGGAGGAGACAAUGACAUCUACAACUUCAGCACAGGCAGUGAGACAGACAGGAAUGCUCUCUCCAUGCUGAGUAGUGAACUUAGUCCUGCCCAAUCACCAGACAGCAAGUCUGAGUCCAGGAUGUUUAAUGGCGUUGAAAAGGACAGCCCCUCCCCCACCGAGAAGCUGGCUCGAAAGGAGUCUCUCAAGGUUCAAAAGCAAAAUUAUCGGCAAGAGAAGAAGCGGGCAGCGAAGGAACUCUCCACUGCUCUUAAGGACCCCAGUGUUGUUGUCAUGUCCAAUUGGCUCAAGAUUCGUGGUUCUUUAAAGAGUUGGACCAAGUUGUGGUGUGCCUUAAGGCCUGGUGUGCUGCUGAUCUAUAAGACACCAACCCCAGACCACUGGGUGGGCACCAUCCUUCUUAGUGCAUGCAAGCUGAUCGAGAGACCGUCCAAGAAAUCCAAGUGCUUCUGCUUCAAGCUCUACCAUCCACUGGAGAAAUCCAUCUGGGCUGUCAAGGGUCCAAAAGGAGAAAAUGUCGGUUCCAUCACGCAGCCUUUACCCAGCAACUACCUGAUCUUCAGAGCUGCAUCUGAGUCUGAUGGCCGGUGCUGGAUGGAUGCCCUGGAGCUGGCUCUAAGCAGUUCCACUCUCUACAAAAUAUCUCCCAGACCUGAAAAGGAGGGCGAUAUCUGUAUGGCUUCAGAUUCUUCACAUAUACUCCAGCUGCUGCAGUCUUCUCCACUCACUGCGACAGAGCUGCAAGAGUUGAGUCACAUGGAGCAUGAUGGUUCUUCAGACAAAUCGGAGCGUGAGACUCAUGAUGACUGGGAUACAACGGGCAAUGAGAACGGCGGGAGGCUGACGGAGGAGAGCGACAUAGAGCCUUCAGAAGAAAUGCCACCCGGGCCACAAGCUACAGCUUAUGUGGAGCAGAGUACGGAGGACAUGGCUGAGGCUGGUGAAGCUUCUCAGGUUGAGACUGUAUCAGAGGAGAACAAAGGUCUAAUCUGGGGCCUGCUGAAACAGCUGCGACCAGGCAUGGACUUGUCAAAGGUGGUGCUACCGACCUUCAUCCUGGAACCUCGCUCCUUCCUGGACAAGCUGUCUGACUACUAUUAUCAUGCUGAUCUGCUAUCACAGGCUUCUCUAGAAGAAAGUGCAUACGGUCGGAUCAAGCAGGUGCUGAGAUGGUAUUUGUCUGGCUUCUACAAAAAGCCAAAGGGUCUGAAAAAGCCUUACAAUCCAAUUCUGGGGGAGACAUUUCGGUGCUGCUGGCUCCAUCCUCAGACUGACAGCUGCACGUUCUACAUAGCCGAGCAGGUGUCACACCAUCCUCCCAUCUCUGCAUUUUAUGUCUGCAACCGGAAGGACGGUUUCUGUAUCGGGGGAAGCAUCCUGGCCAAGUCCAAGUUCUAUGGUAACUCUCUAUCAGCUAUUCUAGAUGGCAAAGCUAGACUUCUGUUCCUGAGCAGAGACGAGGAGUAUGCCAUCACCAUGCCCUACGCUCACUGCAAAGGUUUCCUGUAUGGCACUAUGACACUAGAGUUGGGAGGGAAAGUUACCAUCGAAUGUGAAAAGACAAAAUGUUUUGCAGAACUGGAGUUUAAAUUAAAGCCUUUCCUCGGAGGCGCCAGCUCAGUAAAUCAGAUCAGUGGGAAGAUCGUUAUGGGAGAUGAAUUAUUGGCCACCAUUGAUGGACACUGGGACAGCGAGGUGUUUAUUCAAGAGAAGCGCUCCAGUCAGCAGGAAACUCUGUGGAACCCAACAAAAGAAAUCCGCAGCAGGCGUCUCAAACGACAAGUGGUCCAGUUAGAGCAGCAGGGGGAGUUUGAGUCUGAAAGACUAUGGCAGCACGUGACCAGCGCCAUCAUGGAUCGGGACCAAAUGAGGGCAACGCAGGAGAAGUUUGUCCUGGAGGAGGCUCAGCGGAAAGAAGCGAAGGAGAGAGGAGAAAGACUCUGGAUUCCUAAACUUUUCCAGCAGGAUCCUGUCACCUCCGAGUGGACCUACAAGCACCUUGACACUCGUCCGUGGGACGCUGAGGCUUGUCUCGUUCAGUUUGAGAAGGAUGGAGUGAUUCAGACUCAGGAGAAAAUGCAGAGACAACACAACGGGCUUUCUUACAACCACAGCUGGACCAGGCAACACAAGGCGGAGGUAAAUGGGAAGCACAGGAAGGCCAGCAGCCAGCCGUCUACUUGUAGCCAGAACACUGAGAGCAGCAGCACCACUCCAGAACCAACACAUGAGUCUUCUGACAAUGAAGGCUUCUCCAGCCAAUGCGCUCGCUGCAGUAAAGAGGUGAAGGACAUUGCUCUGAUCGAGGCCUCCAUCACAUCCAUACAGAGGACGCAGCAGGAUAUUCAAAGGAACCUGGCGGCUCUGGGUCGCCAGCUGUCUCGGCAGAGGCAGACAGAUGACGGCAUGUCCUUAACCGGCCGUCACUGCCUCAUCCUCUGCGUUCUGCUCCUCUCCCAGCUUCUCCUCAACUACGUCUUCACCUGAGCCAGCUCCUACGGGAGAAGUUUCCCUCCAGCGCCGGUCUGGCUUUAAAGCUUCCAAGAAAAAGCACACAGACUCAGAUCACGCCGACAGAGACCUCAGAUCAUCGCUCGGAGGGAAACUUGCUCCCUUUUGUGUCCUUCAUAGGAGGAGGAGCACAGACUUUAUAGCAAUAAACACAGCCACAACAACCGUCUGUCAGUCACCUGCAGAGAGGAACGGCACCUCCUAGCGUAGCCAGACUGAAACAGCACCGGCACUCGCGCACUUUGGACAGGAAAGGGAUAUUAUGAGCACGACUAGAAAAAUGAAAAACGUGGAAAGAUUUUGAUAAAAGAAAUGACAGAGAGGAUGUUUUCACCAUU